AUGACAAAUGAUGUCCUUCCGGUGAAGACGGAAUAUUUGGAUUCAAGAAAGAUUCGAAUACAAAUGAAUGACAACAAUGUUAAUGCCUUUGUGUACAUUUUUGAAUAUUCGACAGUUAGUACUGCAUCGGAUAAUUGGAUUUUCGCUGGCGUUAACUUAUCACCAGACAUAACUUUUACAAUCGAGGAUGCCUGUCGGGAUUAUCAGUUUCGUGUAAUUGUAAUUUUGAAAAAUGAAGAAGCAGAUCGUUGGUUGCUAGUUUACCGACCUCGAGUGAUACCGGUUGAUUUACCUACAUUCGCUAUAACACCCGAUAAGAUUCAAACUGCAUCACCGAAGUAUAAUGCGGAUGACGAUACAGUAGUUGUUUACAUCUCGUGGGAAAAUCCAACCGGUUAUACGGACGCGGAUAUAUAUGGCUAUGAAGGUCCGGCAAUUUAUCCGCUUCAGUGCAAUUCACCGGAAGGGGAAUUACCAUCACCAUCCGUAGAAUUAAGGAAAGGUGGUGGCCGUUUACGGAUAUCGUUGCCAUCUGAAGUGCUAGACAGUAAAUGUAGAGUUUGGGCAGAGGUACAAAUGCUACCGCGGUGCAUUCGAUUGGAACCAUUUAGUAUUCAACAAUCAUUCGAGCUUGACUGUGACAAAUUGACAACCCUUGAAGUUUGCAGACAUGAAAUUGCACCACAGUGUACAGACGUUAUUGAUGUUUGGGGUUAUGGAAGUAAUGCAACGAUUAUGUGGUCACCACAGGACGGUUUCGGCAUACCACUUUAUUAUCACAUUCGUUACGGUCCAGCAAAAAUGCAGGGUAUACCACCACUUGCAUCAUGGACGAUUGCAUCAUUGCAUGAGUUAAAGAUAACUGGUAAUAGUACAAAUUUACAACUUCACAUCGAUCCUGAUAUUGACUACGGAAUACAAGUUUGUGGUGUUUACAACGAACAUCGGAAGAAACCAAAAUUUGAAUUGAUGCGUGUCAUACCUUUCAUAUGCACUUCCUGCAAAACAACUCCAGCGGAAUCAUUCGGACGUUGCGGUGAAUGCACCAAAAUCGAAGGACCUUUACUGCUCAGGCGCCGCUGUCAUCCAAAAGGCGGUCCUGGUUGUACUUUGGCUGGAAACAUUUCCAACGCUUCCGAUACCAAAGGUUGA